GGGGAGAGUUGGAGGAUUGAUUGAUCGAAGAUGGAGAGCCGUGAAAGCUGAUGAUGAUGACGGGCAGGCAAGUUGCACCCCAGGAACGCGCCUUGACCGCCCGGCUUGGCGCUGCCUGGCAGAAUCCACCAAAAAAUUGGCGGAGAUGGCUGGCAGAAAGCUGCCCCUCGACUUGCGACACAACAUCCCCAAUUCACAACCUUGAUGACCUCGAAUUAAUUUCUGAAAUACACAUUUCCAUAGAAGGCCAAAAUGCCCAGAGAAGCAGAACCAUCCCUCAACGAGAAGCAGUUCGUCCUGCAAGCCCUCCACGACAGCGUCCGCCUCGACGGCCGAGAGCUCGAACAAUACCGGCCCUUGGAGCUCACCUUUGGCGACCAACAUGGCGUCGCAGACGUCACACUAGGCAAGACGAGAGUCCUCGCCAAAGCCUCAGCCGAACUAACAGUCCCCUACGCCGACCGCCCCCUCGACGGCAUCUUCAACAUCGCAACCGAGCUCUCCCCCAUGACCUCCCCCGCCUUCGAAGUCAACCGCCCGACCGAGACAGAAGUCCUCAUAUCCCGCCUCCUCGAAAAGACGGUCCGCCGCUCCGGCGCCCUCGACACCGAGUCCCUCUGCCUCGUCGCCGGCCAAAAGUGCUGGUCCAUCCGCGUGGACGUCCACGUCCUCUCCCACGACGGCAACCUCAUCGACGCCGCCUGCUUCGCCGUCGUCGCCGCCCUCCGCCACUUCCGCAAGCCGGACACCAGCAUGGAGGGCGGCGUCUUGACCGUCUACACCCCUGCCGAGAGGGAGCCGGUGCCCCUCAGCUGGCUGCACUCGCCGUUUUGCGUCACGUGGAGCUUCUUUGGGGAGGAGGGGGAUGUCGCCGUUUUGGAUGCGACGUGGAUGGAGGAGCAGGUCAGGUCGGGGAGCUGCACCAUCAGUCUGAACAAGCAUGGCGAGAUUUGCCAGAUUGCAAAGCUGGGAGGGGUGCCGGUGGAGGCGGUCAGUUUGCUGCAAUGCACAAACGUUGCGUUGGUAAAGGCAAAGGACAUGUCGUCAAAACUGGACAGGUGGUUGGCCGAGGAUGCGAGGAGGAGGGAUAAGGGUGGGUUAUUGGCCGAGUUAUCGGCCGAGAAUGAUAGAGUACCGGAUAUGUGAGUGGGAGAGGGAAAAAGGGAAAAUGGAUAGAUGUGUUAGAUACCUUGUGAAAUCAGAGAUACCCACGGUCUUGCAGCCGAUCAUGAUCACACAGAUGCCGAGGCUGGGCUUAGCCAGGAAGAGAGUUUCGAGCAACACGCUCUGAUAUGAUGUUCUUGAUUGGCUUCUGCUGAGCCUUUGCUCCAUUAAUCAUUAAGAAGGUUGUUGCUUUCGGCUUCUGUGGUUAUCCAGAACCACGACCAAACCCCAUGGCCUUUGGCCGAGAGCCUCAUGUGUGCUUGCGAACAUGGGAAUCUUUCGGACCACUGCGCCAUCGUGACCUUCAUGUUUGACCUUGUCUGCCCCAGCGGUCAUCUCCCUCAAACACAAGGCUAGCUGAUAUCCAAUGCGAAAUUCGCGCUCCCCUUUGUGACGUGGGAGGUAUCGUUGCUGAGCUUUGGCUCCCCCAAUAGUCAUCGUCGCGGCGGGUAUUGACUGGGCUCGGUUUGUUCCCGUCCAGCUCUUGACCGGGACUCCCAUCUACCGUUCCAAUUGUUCUUAUCUUU